ACUGAUGUGUAUGUGCAUCUCGCUCACUCAUGUGUAGCACCGCAUUGUGUGAAGGUGUCAUUGCGCACGGCAGUAUUAAACUAGUAUCCAUCGAAACCCCACGUCUUCUUAUUUCUGCACCAUUUACCCACAAACAUAUCAUUGGCGACGAGGACGAUUUUACCCACAUACAAAAAUAAAAAAUGGCGAAGUCAUUUUUGGGUAAUUUAUCGACGUUUGAUUAUAAAUCCGGCGAGUGGUCUAUUUUCAAAGGGCGGUUGACCCAAUUUUUGAAGGUUAACGAAGUCAAGGAAGAGAAUAAAAGUGCAAUCUUGAUUACACAUUUAUCCGAUGACUCAUAUCGUUUGGUGCGUAAUUUGGCUUAUCCGGUCGAGUUGGAGGCGCUGGACUAUAAGAAGCUGGUGGAACUGCUUGAUACUCACUUCAAACAGAAGCAAUGUUCAUUUUCGGACAAGGCCAAAUUUUAUGGAGCUAAGAGGAGCUCAGGCGAGUCAUUGGGCGAUUGGGCUGCACGACUGCGAGGAUUGGCGAGCUACUGUAACUUCGGAUCCGCUUUGGACACAAACCUGACGGAUCGUUUUGUCCUGGGCUUAGGAGCGGGGCCCGAGCGUGAUAAGCUAUUUGAGCAGAAUGCUUCCACGUUGGAAUUUAACAAAGCGUUGGAGAUAGCUGAGCGAGCGGAAUGCGCUAGAGAAGCCAGGAAGGUGUUGUCCACAGAUGACACUGCCAUAAAAGAAGAACCGGUGAACAAAAUAUACAAGGGCGGUUCACGUCGCGGCGGCGGUGGCAGCGGCGCAGGCGGCGCUCGUGCGGGGACACGAGAUGCAAGUCGUGAGGCUGGCCGUUGUUCUAUAUGCGGUUUAAAAGGUCACGAUAAGGAUGUGUGUCGUUACAAAAAUUAUAAGUGUCAAAAAUGUGGAAAAGAAGGGCAUUUAAAGAAAGUGUGUAAUAAAAAAAACCAAACCAACCGUGUUCGCGUCAAUAAUAUCGGAAGCGAUGAUAGUGAUAGUGAAACAGACGGUAGCUGUAAGGAAUGCCAUAAUUUUAACAUAAGGUAUGUAACAGACAAACCGUUGUGUUUAGACAUUAAAGUAGGUGAUAAAAAUGUAACCAUGGAGUUAGAUUCUGGGUCUGGAGUUUCUGUCAUAUCAAAUAGAAUGUACUCAGAACUGUUUGCACAUUAUAACUUAACUGACUGUACGAUUAAAAUGUGUUUAUAUAACGGACAUAAAAUCUCGCCGUUGGGGUAUUUCCAGCCUAUUGUCGAAUAUAAAGCACAAAGGAAAGAAAUUAAGAUAUUUGUAGUAGACUCGAAUGGCCCUCCCCUACUCGGGCGCGAUUUCAUGUCCACUUUCGGUUUAAUUUUAACAAAUGUUUAUAAAAUAAGUCAGGAUCACGAUGUUAAUGCAUUAUUGGAACAGUUUCCUAGUUUAUGGAAAGAUGAACUUGGUUGUUUUAAUAAAUUUAAAGUGCACCUACGAUUAAAGGAAAAUUCAGUACCAAAAUUCUUUAAGGCCCGACCAAUACCGUUUGCCUUAAAAGACAAGGUAGAAUUAGAAUUAGAUAGAUUAGUCAGUUUGGGCAUACUAGUUCCGGUAAGUAAUUCACGUUAUGCAACACCCAUAGUACCGGUUUUAAAGGAUAAUAACACGGUUAAGAUAGCAGGUGAUUUUUCAGUCACACUUAAUAAGGACCUUAUAAUAGAUAAGUACCCGCUACCAAGGAUUGAAGAAGUGUUUGCUAAGCUUGGUGGGGGAGAACAUUAUUCGAAAAUAGAUUUAAAAAAUGCAUAUAAUCAAUUUUGUCUCUCGGAAGAUUCUCAGGAGUUGACUACUAUUAACACACCAAAAGGAUUAUUUAAAUAUACACGUCUAGUUUACGGUCUUGCGAAUGCUCCUGCCCUGUUCCAAAAAGCAAUGGAAGUUUUAUUGUUGGGUAUCGAAGGAGUUAGUAUAUGGUUAGACGAUAUUUGUUUGACUGCGCCAACAAAAGCACUUCAUAUAAAGAGAUUAGCACAGGUUCUAAGCAGGUUAAAUGAAGCGGGGUUGCGCCUUCAGAAAGACAAAUGCGAGUUUUUUAAGGAUAAUGUAACGUACUUAGGUUACAUUAUCGAUAAGAACGGAUUACGUACUAACCGCGAUAAAGUUAAGGCAAUAUUAAAUGCGCCGGAACCGACAAAUAUUACGGAAGUAAAGAGGUUCCUAGGAGUAGUCAACUACUACAGGGUUUUUAUUCCUAAUGCAUCGAGCAUUAUGAGCCCGCUCCACGAGUUGCUGCGCAGUGGCGCGCGGUGGGAGUGGGGAGCGCGCCAGCGCCGCGCGGUGCGUCGCGUGUGCGCUGAGCUCGCCUCUGAGCGCGUGCUGGCGCAUUUCGAGCCGAGCGCGCAGCUAGUGCUAUCAGUAGAUGCCGGGCCGCAUGGACUCGGGGCUGUCCUAUCUCAACGGGGCAGCGAUGGCGGCGAGCGACCAUUAGCGUACGCCUCGCGGUCGCUUUCGUUUCAGAUAACGAUCCCAAGAUAAAUUCAAAGGAAUUUAAUUUGUUCUGUUCCAAUAAUGGCAUUAAAUACAUGACGACUCCAAUUUACCAUCCAUGUAGCAACGGUCAAGCGGAAAACUCAGUAAGAACAUGUAAAAAGAUGUUGAAAAUAAUAUUAAGUGAAAACUCUGCACAACAUGUGUUACGUGAAAAAUUGAUAGGCUAUUUAUUUGAAUAUAGGAAUACAGAGCACUGCACUACUGGACACUCGCCCGCAGAAUUAAUGUUUGGUCGGAAGCUGAGAUCACGGCUUGAUUUAAUACUUCCAAAAGAAAAUGAAUCGCAUAAAACAAUGUCGAAGGAGAAUGAAUGUAGUAGCAGAGCCUUUGUGAUUGGUGACAGGGUAUGGGUCCGGUGGUACAGUGGUAGAAAAGAAGCUUGGAAAUUAGGAGUAAUAAGUAAAGUGAUAGGGAAAAGAAUGUAUGAAGUGGUGGUUGAUGAUCAAAGUGUAUCUUGUAUUAGGCAUCUUGAUCAGCUUUUAGAGUGUAAAAAUAAAGGUAUAGCAAGAUCAAUUGAUUGUGAUGAACCGAUGCCUUCAGGGGUUCCACCCGUUCCUAGUUCACCGACUUCAACAAUUCAGUUUAGUCCAACAACAUCCGAAUUAAUUAGUGAGUCGGAUUCAGUUAGCACAACAGGUGUAGAUUCAGAGGAACCGGUGGAAGAAGAAACGGUGGCAGCGCCAGUUACUAUUACUAGCGUGGAAGGUUCUAGCAAUGAUGCUGGAAGCAGUAGUAGUGGUAGCGAUGUAAUUUGUACUGAAGCUCGAGAAGGUGUACGCCAAUCUGUCAGUUGUAUGCCAGACGCCCAGGCUCCUCAAGCCUCGGCCAGGCCACAGGAUUCAUCUCCGCAAUUAUCACGUGCACGUUCUCAGCGAGUUAGGAAGAAGGUAGAUUACUCAGUAUUUUAUAAGUAGAUUAUAAGUUAAUUAUAAGUUUAUGUUAUUAAUUGAUAAAUUGUAAUACUAAGUAUUCUGUCUACAGAUUUCAAAAUUAGUGUGGAGGAAUGAUGUGUAUGUGCAUCUCGCUCACUCAUGUGUAGCACCGCAUUGUGUGAAGGUGUCAUUGCGCACGGCAGUAUUAAACUAGUAUCCAUCGAAA